AUGCAAAUGACAGAGAUCUUCAGUGACACCGGCUUCAGACAGUUAUCUCAGAUGCUCCUGUCAGUAAUCUUCUUCCACACAUCGGAAUACGUUCUAGCCAUCGCCAUCCACGGAGCCUCGAAUGUAACUCUAGGCUCACUUUUGAUCAGCAAGCACUACGCUUUAGCAAUGCUCGUGGCGCUGCUCGAAUACCUAACCGAGAUCAUCCUCUUCCCGGAGCUGAAACAGCACAUGUGGGUCAGCAACUCUGGGCUCAUAAUGAUCAUCGUCGGUGAAAUCGUAAGGAAAACAGCGAUAAUAACAGCGGGAAGGUCGUUUACACACCUCGUAAAGAUCAACCACGAGGAGCAUCACAGGCUUGUGACUCAUGGUGUGUACAGAGUAAUGAGGCAUCCGAGUUACUGCGGGUUUCUCAUCUGGUCGGUCGGGACACAGGUUAUGCUCUGUAAUCCCGUUUCAACGGUUGUGUUCACGGUUGUCGUGUGGCGUUUCUUCGCUCAGAGGAUACCGUACGAGGAGUAUUUUCUGGAGCAGUUUUUUGGAGCAGAGUAUGUAGAGUAUGCAGAGCGUGUUGCUUCUGUCAUCACAAACACAAUGUGGAUACAAAAAAUUAAGAAUUUGCGAGACCCUCUCUCCGAUGUAGAAGGUUUUGACGUGGACAUGAAAAUUACCACAGGGUUUGACUGUUUAAGCGACACCUGUCACCGUUUGGAGACGAUGUUGUGCGGAGGCUGUCGUGCCUCCGUGCACUUGUGGGACCACCGUCAUCAUCCUACUCCCUGGUUAGGGAUUUUCGGUGGUAAGGUUUUCCAGAAAUCUUCAUUCGUGCUCAGACCUCCGUCGGCAAAAUUGCAGCAGCGGAUGAAAUCUUCGUCUCGGUCUCACUGCAAAACUCCUGGCCAAAUCUCAGUUCCUUACGGUGUUUCAGUUUCUCCCGAGAUUGAAAUCUGGAUGCUUGAUGUGAAAUUUCCUGAUAAUUGCAUAGCCGACAAUUGUGUUCUUGGGUUUCAAGACGAAACAAGAGAUAGAUUUGUUAUGUUUCUACUCAAAGUUGGAGUCUUUACUAAAGUAUCUGUAUGUUUCUUCUUCCGAAGCCAGGGAGAAGAUGAUCCCGAGCUUCCAGUUGAAGGGCUUUCUCCAGUCGCAGGAGGCAUUGUUGCUCUAGGGAAGUUUGAUGCGCUGCAUAUCGGUCACAGAGAGCUAGCAAUUCAAGCUGCAAGAGUUGGUACUCCUUAUCUAUUGUCUUUCGUUGGAAUGGCUCAAGUACUCGGUUGGAAACCUAGGGCACCAAUAGUAGCCAAAUGUGAUCGAAGACGGGUGCUUUCCUCUUGGGAAUCAUGCUGUGGGAACAUUGCACCAGUAGAGUUUGAGAUAGAAUUUGCCAGCGUUCGACAUCUUAACCCACAACAGUUUGUGGAGAAACUGUCAAGAGAGCUCCGAGUCUGCGGAGUUGUGGCAGGAGAAAAUUACAGGUUCGGAUAUAGAGCUUCUGGUGACGCCUCUGAGCUUGUGAGGUUAUGCGAAGAGUACGGUAUCAGCGCUUACAUCAUUAACUCAGUGAUGGAUCAGAAUCAAGUCUGUGGAACCGCAGUGACGGAGGAGGACUCAAAGUCAAAGGAAAGAGGACAAGUCUCGUCCACACGAGUCCGUCACGCUCUUGCUGCAGGGGAUGUGAGGUAUGUAACAGAGCUUCUGGGGAGACCACACAGGGUUGUCUCGAAGGUGAGGACACAAGACAUAACGGGCAAAAGAGGGAUGAUCUCGCUUCAGACAUCGUCGCUGCUGAAUUUACCGCCUGGGAAUGGAGUUUACAAAGCAUGUUCGCUUAUAGUUGGUGACGAGCAUCCAGUUUCGUGUAAGGUUGUUGUGGAUUCAUGGAAUCUCCAUAUAGAAACAGAGGAAGUACGUUUCCGUAACUCAGAUGGGUCUAAAGAGUUUCUGCUCUUAGGAGUUGAAUUCGGUUGA